GCAUUAUGAAUAUGCUGUUUCCAAAGUUAAAUGUGUUGCUUGUCCUCUGUAUCUUUUGCUUAUUACAAAUACAGAUGGCGAAAUGUUGGCAUUAUUGUGAUUCCAUCUUUUGCUGCAGGAUAUUGACUUUGAUGAAGACUGGAAACUGUUGACCAUUCUAAUUGGGAUGAAUGACAUCUGUGAUUACUGCAAAGACAAGGCAUUGCUUACAAAGCUGUUUCUUUGGCAAACUACAGACAGAAGAUUCUUCUACAGUAUUGACAGAUUUUGUUCAUAAUGUCAAAGCGGGAACUAGAGGAGGUUUAAAACAAAUGUAUUGAUUGUAAACACAGACGCAGAUUGUACACAGAUGAUCAUCAACCUCUUGUUUAACAUCUUGUAGUUUUUCCCUUGAAAUGUGUUUGCUCUUUGAGAAACAGCAGUUCUAGGCUAUAGUAAAAGUGACCUUUAAAGAGUCGAUAUUCUGUAUUCAGACAUGUUGUCCUUUAGGAGUGUCUUUGUGGAGCCUCUAAAUUUAUGUCCUCUAUUUAUGCACACAGUCCCUGUUUUCGGUGGAGAACUUUGUCCAUUACAUGACUGUGUCCUUGGAAAUGCUGAUGAAUGAGGUUCCUCGAAUGAUAGUGAACGUGGUCCAGAUACUGCCGAUGGAGACCCUGAGGGAAGUACAGAAGCCCACCCCAGGAUGUCUGCUCCAGAGGUCAUUCUGCUCCUGUCUGGUAAAGCCAGCUGCUGGAUCUGCUGAUCUAAAGGAGCUGGUUGGAGUCAACUUAGAAUUCCAGAAAGCAUUGGAGCAGCUCUUGCACAGUGACCGCUUCUUUAAGAAUGACUUUGCCGUAGUUUUGCAGCCCUUCUUGAAACACGCAGAUCCUCCAAGACUCCCUAAUGGAAAGAUUGACAUGAGCUUCUUUACCCCGGACUGUUUCCACUUUACUAUGAAAGGACACGAGGAGCUAGCCAAGGGACUGUGGAACAACAUGUUUCAACCUGAGGGGGAGAAGUUUAUGGUGGAGAGCUUUUCAAACCCUAUUGAGCUUAUUUGCCCCCCUGUGAGUCAUCCAUACAUUUACACCAGACCCACUGCUGCAAAGCCAGGCCCGUCAGCUGGCAUCAGACUAACCGUUCUCCACCUCAUGCUUGCCUUGGCUUUCCUUCCACUGUGGUUGGCUGUUAAUCUGGCCUCCUUGUAGGACAUCCAUAUGGAGUAUCGUGGUACAUCAUGUCUGCCCACCUGAUGUUCUCCUUGGGCUGGAUAUCAAUGCUUCGACGGCCUCUGAACCAUUGAGGAUCUAUUUUGAGACUUGAGCCACUGCAGGACGAUCUAUGAUAAAACUGAUAAUGAGGGAGUGAAAGAUAAAAAACAAGUUAUCAAAAACAGAGAAUUGGAGUUGGCAAAAUACGAUGACUUGGUUACAAUCAAUAUAUUUAAUUGCUCUGUGGAGUUUCUGCAAUGGAAAUGGAAAUGUUGAAACCUCAGAAUAGAACAAUAUAUGCUAAUGUGAUGACCUUUUCUGAUAUACCCAACUAAAAUAGCACGAGCAGGUGCAAAGCCACAUUUAGCUCUGCGUAAUGCUGCUAUAAUUAAUUUAGGUAUGAAAGGUAACCGUGUAAGCUAAUUCCGGGUGGUCUGAAUAAAAACGGCCAGAGGUUACAUUGUAAACUCAUUAAGCCUGUGCGGAUAAAGGAUUUGAAUGUUGAGUGAGAACAAUUGUUUGCUUCUGAGAGCAUGGUGAAAAGUAAACUGUUUGAGAGCUUCCUAAUGCCUACAGUAAUAAGAUAAUUGUUUUGGAUGCUGCAACGUGAGAAGUGCUUUCGGUCUUCUCAAAUAAAGCUUUCAGAAGGGA